AUGGUUCGUGGGGAAAAAGCAUGGUAUAUCUGUACAAAUGAAUCAUUUGAUGUUUUCUGCUGUUCACUUUGUCUUUAUUUGAAUCUCGUGAUUCGAGCCGUGCUGCGAAUCAAAUAAUUCUCCGAAGCUUUCAUCUGAAUCAAAUGGUCGACGAGCGAAGUCCUGAUCCGAGAGCAAUCGCGAGUCGGAUCGCGAAUCGUUCAUUUCAGCGAACGAUUCGCGAACCCGAUUUGAAUCGAAUGAUCGGCGAUGCGCGAUGUGAAGCCCCGAUCCGAACCAAAUCAGUCUCUAGUGCGCGGAUAGAUCGGAGCCCUUCAAAGUCGAUCACUUUGUUCAUCUUCGGGACACGAAUUAAGAUCCAGAGACAUCAGAGGUUCAUCAGAGGUUCGGUCGGAGCAGAAUGACUUGUUGCAUGAAUUAUAUGAAUGUUUUAUUUGCGCGCAAACGCUUCGACUGCGUUCCUGGGAACGUUUCAGUUGCCCUGCUGCCUAUGAAGGCUCAGAGAGCUCUCAGAUUUCAUCAAGUAAUCUCUUUGUGAUGUGAGGGCGAGUAAUUAAUGACAGAAUUACAUUUUUUGUCUGAACUGUCCCUUUAAUUGAAUCCGAGUUUCCCCCGUGCGGAUCUCAUGCGCUCGUUUAAAACACGGUUUAAAACACAGUGCGUGUCACGUGCGUUCGGUCUCGAACGGGGAUCCUCACGCGCGUCGGUCGCGAUCGGAUCAGCGACGUUACGGCGGCGGCGCGCUGACGUCACCGGGCUUUAUUAGCGCCGCGCGGGUCCGCGGGCGUCAGUCGCCGUCUCCGCUCCUCGCGCUCCUCGAGCUCCUCGCGCAUGAAAGCAGCUCCAGGACUCAUGUCCAGGAAUCCGGACCGGAGUAAAGGAUUCACCCGAAGAAGAACGCGCGCGCGGUCCGCCGAAGAAACUCCCUCCGUCUCUCGUUGUCCUCCAUGUGAAGGAAAGGCCGAGCGAUGAACGAGAGCGCAGCGCUCAACGAGAGCGCCUCGGCGUCGCCAGAGUCCCCGUGGCCGGAAGCCUUCGACGCCAACCGGACCUUGGCGCUCUCGUCGGCGGCCCUCGAGUUCCACGUCAACCCGUGGGACAUCAUGCUGUGCCUCUCCGGGACGGUGAUCGCCUGCGAGAACGCCAUCGUGGUGGCCAUCAUCUUCUACACCCCGACGCUCCGCAACCCCAUGUUCGUCCUGAUCGGCAGCCUGGCCACCGCCGACCUGCUCGCCGGCAUGGGAUUAAUCCUGAACUUCGCUUUCCAGUAUCUGGUCUCGUCCGAGACCAUCAGCCUUAUCACGGUGGGAUUCCUGGUGGCGUCCUUCACGGCCUCCAUCAGCAGCUUGCUGGCCAUCACGGUCGACCGCUACCUGUCUCUCUACAACGCCUUGACGUACUUCUCCGAGAAGACGCUGCAUUACGUGCACCUGAUGCUGGUGGGAACGUGGGGCGCGUCGCUGGGGCUGGGACUGUUGCCCGUCCUGGGCUGGAACUGCUUGGACGACGCCUCCACCUGCAGCAUCGUGCGUCCGCUCAACCGCACCAACCUCACGCUGCUCGCCGCCUCGUUUUUCGUCAUCUUCGCCCUCAUGCUCAGCCUCUACUUCAAGAUCUGCAAGAUAGUGUGCCGCCACGCGCACCAGAUCGCGCUGCAGCAGCAUUUCUUCACCACCUCGCACUACGUGGCCACCAAGAAGGGCGUCUCCACGCUCGCCAUCAUCCUGGGAACGUUCGGCGCCAGCUGGCUGCCCUUCGCCAUCUACUGCCUGGUCGGGGAGCGCGAGUAUCCGCCGGUGUACACGUACGCCACGCUGCUUCCCGCCACCUACAACUCCAUGAUCAACCCCAUCAUCUACGCCUACCGCAACACCGAGAUCCAGCGCUCCAUCUACAUGCUCUUCUGCGGCUGCUUUCAGACCAACGCCUCGUACCGAUCCAGAUCGCCCAGCGAGGUUUAGAUCCCUCUAAUCCAAUGGUUUUUCUAAACGGAACAGUUUAUUGGAUAACAGUGUGUUGUAGGGUGGACGAGCCCCCAGUUGGAGGCGCGAGACUGAAAAGAUAGCUACAUAUUAUUAUUAUUAUUAUAUCCGAGCGAAUGCAUCCUCGUCGUAAUGUAAAUCGCCGAGACCUUUAUAACUGUAUAACAGAUGCGGUCCUAAAAUGAUGCGAGUGUCUUUUGCCUCCAGUGAUGUGUCUUAAUGAGAUUUAAAUUACAAUGCGACGCUGACGGAGAGCUCCUCGGAAGACGCGAGAGGUUUCGGAGGCUCGUGAAGAUCCGCUGAGGAACAGAGAAAGUAAAGCUCCUCGAAAGAUCCCGAUGAUUGGCGGCAAGGGUUCACCUUGAGAUGUGACACCGGGCCUUCUGACCUUUAGUCCCCAUCUGAAGAGAAACUCUACGCUUUCAUUCGCGUCUUGAAGUGCGUCGAGUCUCACGACUUCGAGCACCGGCAGCCUCUCUAGGGUUAAACUCUCGUUCUCGUCGCCUUGUACAUGCAUCGGUAUGAAUGCGGCGCUCGAAGUGUCUGUCGCGCAUUUGCACUUUACCGGGACCCGGGGCGUCUCGACACGCUGUGAACAAGCAACAACUCGUAUCAAGAAUGUAUAUUUAUAUUAUUUAUAAGCGACAUGCUGCACUUUACUGUACAAAUCUAGAUGCCAAAGCAGUAUUUGCGUAGGCCUACGUGUUUGACGAGUUGCUCGACUCAUGUGAUGGGUUUUCUAUUUCGUAAAGUUGUCCAUGGCUGUGCGUUUUAUACAAAACGACGAAUAUGAAAUAAAACGUGAAAAGCUC